AUGGUAUACACGACGGCUUGUGAGAGAUGUAGGAAGAUAAGGAUGAAAUGCGAACGACCUUCUCGUGGUCAAGAUAUGAGAGAAACAUGUCAGAGAUGUUCGAUGGAUGGAGCAGAAUGUAUAACCAAGAAAAGACGAGUCGGCAGACAACCUGGAGUUAAAAAUCGUAAAACGAGAGAAAUAAAAACGAGAGAAUAUGAACCAUCUUAUUAUAUACCAUUUGGAAUGGAUCAAGAACCAAAUACUCAUCGAUCAAGAGAUGAAAUUGAUCAUUUACCUAAUCCAUUACAGGUUUUGGCUUCAGAGGCAUUGAGACGUCAAGAUACUCCAGAGUCAGACGUAAGUCUGACUCCAAUAAAUCAAUUGAUGUCAACUCGCGAUAGUUCGAGUAUACUGGAUCAGUUCUCGGACUGGACAGAAAAAGUUCAUCCUAUGACAGGUAGACAAGUUCUAUCUCAACGGUUGAAUCAAUUGUUAUCACCUGAGAAUAAAGAUGACACAUUCAGUGUCGAAGAACCAUCAGUGUUUUGCGGAAGACCAGAUAUGGCAAGACCAGAUGUCGCACCUGAACAUGAUGUAAUAUCUCUCCAAAUGGUCUCUUUGCCUGAAGCUCAACACUUGUUUGAUUCAUUCAUGAAUUAUCUUACAAAUGGAUCGAUGUACUUUGAUCCCAAAUUGCAUACUUUAUCUUACGUCCGAUCUAAAAGUUCCUUUCUCCUAGGUGUCAUUCUAGCUAUGGCAAGUGCACACAUCAAUGUAUGUCAGUCAGUGCUGCUACAUUCUCAACUAUUGAAUCAUGUCAAUCGACUCGAAACACAUGUGAGGAAUAAAAAUUUCAAAUCGAUCGAAAUAGUUCAAGGUUUACUUCUUCUUGCAAGUUGGGCAGAAAUACCCCAUUCUCUAAGUCGAGAUAAAACCUGGUUAUAUGUCUCCCACGCUACGGCUUUAGCUGUUGAGCUACGACUGGAUCUACCAUUACCAUUUUGCGUCCAAAUGGAUCCUACCUAUACACCCGCAAAUCAUGAUAUACUGGUAAGAAACGCUCACAGAGUAUGUUUAUUGCUUUACAUACACGAUAGGAAUAUGGCAAUGGUAGCAGGAAGGUAUCCUAUUUUCCCUGAGUCUACGGUCUCUUCUCAAGCUAAUCUCGAUCGGUGGGGCAAGCAUGAACGUGCUCAUCGAUAUGAUGCACCAAUUUGUGCUUCAGUAUCCCUCAGAAAGAUAAUAACAGAAGUACAUCAUAAGCUCGCUACUCAAAGAGCUUGCGAUUUCAAGACAAACAUCAACCUGAUCAAUAACUCAUUGAUCGAGUGGCGAAAUAAGUGGGCAGUUGAGAUCACCAGCACACUGGAAUACGAUAUAAUAGCUAGAUUUUCGACGUUUGUACUAGCAUUGACGUUGCUGAAGAAGAAUCCACAGAAGGACGACUCAGAUACAGAAGCUAGGAAGGCAUGUGAGACGCUUGCUUUCGAAGUUUGUUGUGCAUCUACCAACAAUUACAAAUCAUGGAACGGUGUACUGAACUCCGCCACCUUCGAUACAAGCAUGGUAGCCUUUUGUGCUAUAUAUACGCUUCAGUCAAUCAAUAGAUCUGAUCCUGUCAUUUUGUCCGACUGGUCAUUAUUUCGUUUGGCCACCUUACAAGAAUUGGUAUCUGAAUUGGAAAAACAAGCUGCCGUAAGACAUCAUAUUGAUAGUGCCAAUAGCACGAGUGUAGUUGAUGCUAUGGCAAGACAAUUAUCAAGGGGUAUAAGAAUGGUUAUGAGCAGAAAACAAUUGUUGAAAACGCAAACUCAAUUUGAAGAUGAUAUUGCUUCUUCAUCACCUUCUUCACCUUCAUCUAACAAUGAAGCUAUUCUCCUUCAACAUCAGCCAAAUUGUCACCCACAACAUAUCGAUAUCACGGAACAAGGACAAGGACAAGGACAACAAGACAAUUUCGUUCAAACUCAAUUCGAUCAACCUCAACAACCAAGAUUCGAUGAUUUAGAUCAGUUAUUAUCGAUUAAUAACGCUAUCCCAUUCAUACCUGAUUGGAAUCUGGGAAGUCUUCUGCCGGAUGCUACCUUUAAUUGGGAUGAUACGUCCCAAGAUUUGAGUAAUAUACCCUUUUUCGACUUCACGCAAUAA